AUGGCAACAGCAAGUCACCUUUUUGAGCCUCGAAUGCUGAUGCAAGUCGCCCAAUUCGAUCGAACGUACAUUUCGCAUCGGGAGGACAGUGGUUGUACGUUGCCGAUUCUGGACCCCUUGACUCUUCGCCAUGCACGUAAAAGUUUGAAGUGUCACACAAAUCCCCUUGUCCCAUCCUUGACCAGUCUAGUCGAGUCCGCAGUGGAGAUUAAUCUGGCACGCGCGAAAGAAGUGUGCUGGAGUUGGUUCGCUUUUGAGCCUGUAGAACGUAUCAGGUCUUGCCAGAGUCCUCGAAAGCCGCGGCAAUUCACGAGACAGUUCACUGCGCAGCAAAGCCCAGGAAAUACCACGAGCUCAGUGUAUAUCAUCAGAUGGGAUGAUGUCGAGACGUGGAAUACUGUUUUGCGAACGCCUUGUAUACUGAAGUGGCUCUUGCAGAAGAUCUUCACCAUGAGUACGUAUUGCAAGGGUAUUUCAAUCCCUGAGUGGAACACUACAUCCCGUGAGGCUUCCACAAGAGAUGCGGCAAAAAUGGUUGCUGGCUCGCGGGGAUUCCUGCUCAUUUUGGCAGCGGGGCAAAAUACCAAGGCUUCUCGUUUGUCCGGUCUUUGGAAGCUCAGAUUGCAGAAGAUAAUCAGUUUCUCCACUGGCCCAAAUAGCUGGGACAGACCACGAGAACGCUUAGUGGACCGUUCCAGGUUGCUGCGUCAUCAUGCGCGGCCAGAAAUUGUGCGUGCGUGCGUGUGUGCUCGACGCAAUGACCAGGCCAGCCGCAUAGCGCUGUCGGCACACGGUUUGGCUCUCCAGGUUGUAUGUGAGCGGGAGAGCACUGAGCAGCUCGUUUGCGAGGCGAGGUCAGGUCAGGUCAGAGUUCAUGGCGAAUCCAUAGCGCGCAGGUUCUUCGGUCGGGGAACGGUGGGCCCGGGGCCGUCCUUUCACCGUAGGUCGCGGAGCCAUACGCCACAUCCGCUAAAUUGUCUGCAUGCGAGCCGCGAUCAGGCGCACCGCGUGUGCAACAGACACAGCGAAGACGGCAAGCUUGUAGUGCGCUCUCGUCAUGCCAGCGGUGAUGAAGGCCAGGUUGUGCUUGUCGUACUCGGGGCACUGCCACGCCAUGCCAUGCCAUGCGCGUGGUUCGAUGCCGACGCCGAUAGUUCUCCGGACCUUUCGCCCGCUACUGUACAGGCGUGCUGCAUGCCGUGCCGGUCAUCAGCGCGAUUCAAGCCAAGACUGCAUGAGCAGGCCUGA